CCAAAGCUCGAGUAAACACUGAGUAAUGCUGACAAAUCUCCCACUUGUGCGGCGAGUGUGGGAAGAUAGCGUUCCGCAGGCGCGAAGAUAGGCGUCGGCGAGAUCUUAUUCAGCCACCAACAAUCGUAGUCAGUCGUCACCGGAGUGUCGCAUAGUAAACAAAGAUUGUUUUGAGGUGUAUUUCCGUCCAUGCGUAGUUAGUGGUUUUGCGAUUAGAUCUUUGGGUGUGUGCACUUUUGAAUGAGACCGCAGAUAGCCUGUGACCGAGCCUGUCGAGGAAGAAGCGGUGCUUGCCUGGACUCAAACUGUUGGAGGUGGCUGAUCGUGAAGUUCGAAUCGGGAGGUGUGGUGUUCAGGCAGAUAGAAAGAUACAUUCCGAAUCAAAAUGAAAAAUCCACUUUGGUUCAUCGUUUGGCUAAUCGUUUUGAUCAUCAUUGCAUUCCCCGUGGCCGCAUUCUGCGCUGGGUGGUACAUACUCGUGUAUGCACUGACCGUGUGCAUUCCUGGGCUGAGCGGUUUAUCUGAUUUGCUCUUGCAAGGUGCUCAGUUUGCACAUUACUGCGCACAAGCCAUGAUGGAUUGUCGAUCAUUAUGCUAGGAAUAGUACAAAGAGUGCAAUUUUUAACUAAUUGUUAUGGCUAUUUUAUGCAUUUCUUAUAUUGUACAGGUUGACUAGAAAUACGUUCAAAUUCAUAAUAUCACGUACAUUUAAUGUUACUAGUACUAAGCAAAGUGUAGUGAAAUUAGAUGCAAAUAUAACUAUUAACAAAAUUGUUGAAGAUACGCUGAAGGAAUUUUAAUAAACUUCAGAGCAAAGAA